AGCCCAGUCCAGUUCUUGAUCUCAGGGCAGAAUAUGUUGGUGUGACUUCUGUCAGCUUAACGUGGGCAGUGAAUGACAACGCUUCCAACUCCUACACGUACAGGAUAGAGGUUGUAAAUGGUACCUCUGUUAGGAACCUGACGUCCAAUGUCACCAAAACUGAAAUUACCGAGUUAAUCCCUGGGACGAUGUACAAUUUCACAGUAUUUGCAGUAGCGGCUGAUGGUCAGACGGAAGGAGAAGGGGUGUCCGUAAGGCUGUAUACAAAGCCCAGUCCAGUUCUUGAUCUCAGGGCAGAAUAUGUUGGUGUGACUUCUGUCAGCUUAACGUGGGCAGUGAAUGACAACGCUUCCAACUCCUACACGUACAGGAUAGAGGUUGUAAAUGGUACCUCUGUUAGGAACCUGACGUCCAAUGUCACCAAAACUGAAAUUACCGAGUUAAUCCCUGGGACGAUGUACAAUUUCACAGUAUUUGCAGUAGCGGCUGAUGGUCAGACGGAAGGAGAAGGGGUGUCCGUAAGGCUGUAUACAAAGCCCAGUCCAGUUCUUGAUCUCAGGGCAGAAUAUGUUGGUGUGACUUCUGUCAGCUUAACGUGGGCAGUGAAUGACAACGCUUCCAACUCCUACACGUACAGGAUAGAGGUUGUAAAUGGUACCUCUGUUAGGAACCUGACGUCCAGUGUCACCAAAACUGAAAUUACGAAGUUAAUCCCUGGGAUGAUGUACAAUUUCACAGUAUUUGCAGUAGCGGCUGAUGGUCAGACGGAAGGAGAAGGAGUGUCCGUAAGACUGUAUACAAAGCCCAGUCCAGUUCUUGAUCUCAGGGCAGAAUAUGUUGGUGUGACUUCUGUCAGCUUAACGUGGGCAGUGAAUGACAACGCUUCCAACUCCUACACGUACAGGAUAGAGGUUGUAAAUGGUACCUCUGUUAGGAACCUGACGUCCAAUGUCACCAAAACUGAAAUUACCGAGUUAAUCCCUGGGACGAUGUACAAUUUCACAGUAUUUGCAGUAGCGGCUGAUGGUCAGACGGAAGGAGAAGGGGUGUCCGUAAGGCUUCUCAUUUCGACUUUCACGGAGCCCAGCUCCGUUUUCCAUAUCCGUGCGCAGUAUGCUGGUCUCUGGUUUUUCCCAUGGAGCACAGAUGAUAUUGCUUCUAACUACACCUACAGGAUAGAGAUCCAAAGUCAUGGUUCCUCCUCUAGAAACCAGACAUCCAGUGUCAUCAGAGCUGUUAUUACAGAUGUAAACUCUGGAACCUUCUAUAAUUUCACCCUAUUUGUAGGAGUAGCUGACAUUCCUGCGUCAGUGAAUUCAUUUCGGUGUGAACCAGUGGCCAAGCAGGCUUACCUAAUGCUUAAGUGGGAAUGUCCUUCUGGUAACAAUUCUGGCUUCAAAAUUAAAAUAAUUAAUGAUACAUGGGAAAAAGAAGAACGGACUCCAUCCUGCCUGAGAGAAGGCUCAGAGGAAGCCUUCAGAACAGCAUCUUUAGAUUAUUUCAGCACCUAUAAUGUUACUAUUGCAACUCUUUCAAAUAGUUCUGAAAGCCUUCCAGUGCGGAAAGUGUGUAAUACGAGCAUUACUGACCCGCCUGCUCCAAGCAAAGCUCCUUUAGUCAAGGCAGUCAGUCACAGCUCGUUGUCUGUUGAAUUCUCUGAUUUUGAGGCAGUGAAUGGACCAUUAAAAGCCUAUGCAGUAAUGAUCACAACAGAAGAACAAGGUUGUGGGUCUUUGAAGUCUGAAUUGAACAACACAUACAAAGAUUUUAAGAAGAAGACGACAGUCACCUAUGUAACAUAUGUUAUAGAUACAGAGCAGGCAAAAUCACCUUCUUUCCAUUCUCAGAAUGAUACAAACAUCAUUAAUGUAGGCAAGGGAAACACAAUGUAUGGCUACGAAAACGGACCAUUGAUUCCACUUCGUACAUACAGGGCAAGUGUUGCAGGCUUCACUAAUAUAACGUUUACUACAGCCAACAUCAUUGUGGGGGAGGAUAGUUAUGUAUCGUUUUCACCCUGUUCUGAGGCGGUUUUGCUACCCCAGGAUCCAGGUGUUAUUGCUGGAGCUGUUAUUGGAUGCCUUUUAGCUAUAUUGGCUGUAGUCGCUAUAGGGGGUUUCAUAUUCUGGAGAAGGAGAAGGAAAGAUAAAAGAAAUACUGAAGUGUCCUUUUCUCCAAUUAAAGUCAAGAAAUCAAAAAUGAUUAAAGUGGAGAACUUUGAGUCCUACUUUAAGAAGCAGCAAGCUGACUCCAACUGUGGUUUUGCUGAAGAGUAUGAG